AUGGCCGUGGUUUUUGCUUCUUCUAAAGCUUUUUCCUCAGUCUUUCAUACUUUAGCUCCAUUCAGUCGUUCCAGUUUCCUCUUAGCUUGCUCCGGUUCUAAUACUGUCGAUCGGAGAAGAAGAAUCGUCAUCUUCGGUUCGAGUUUGGCGAUCGCGUCGACUCUGCUUGGUUCCAAUCGACAGAGACAUCCGGAGGAAUCUGCGAUUGCAUUAGAACAAUUGAAAGAAAAAGAAGAUGAGCUUGAAGUAGAAGAAGACAGAAAUGUCAAUCUCUUCCAGAAAACUUCACCGUCUGUUGUUUUCAUCAAAGACAUUGAGCUUCCAAAAACAUCAUCUGGUGAAUUCACACUCACUGAUGAGGAAAACGCAAAGGUCGAAGGAACAGGAUCAGGCUUCGUUUGGGAUAAGCUUGGUCACAUUGUGACAAAUUAUCAUGUCAUCGCCAAGUUAGCUACAGAUCAGAGUGGAUUACAACGUUGUAAGGUGUCUUUAGUUGACGCCAUGGGAAUAAGAUUUAGCAAAGUUGGGGAAAUUGUGGGUCUUGAUCCAGAUAACGAUCUAGCUGUUUUGAAGAUUGAAACCGAGGGACGUGAAUUGAAACCUGUUAUUCUCGGUACCUCAAGUGAUCUACGCGUAGGCCAGAGUUGCUACGCCAUUGGGAAUCCGUAUGGAUACGAAAACACCUUGACAAUAGGGGUAGUGAGUGGGUUGGGAAGAGAGAUUCCUUCACCUAAUGGCAAAAGUAUUCGAGAAGCUAUACAAACAGAUGCUGAUAUUAACUCUGGAAACUCUGGAGGGCCCUUGCUUGAUUCUUAUGGACAUACCAUAGGCGUCAACACUUCCACAUUCACACGCAAAGGGAGCGGUAUGUCUUCCGGUGUGAACUUUGCCAUUCCCAUUGACACAGUUGUUCGAACAGUACCAUAUCUCAUUGUGUAUGGAACAGCUUACAGAGACAGGUUUUGA